CCAUAGCAUAGAUACUUCCUACAUCAAUGGAAGGGUUUUUCCAUCAAUCUAGUUAAUCCACCUCUCCCAGAGGCACUAAGUGGGUCUCUGGAAGAAUUCUUCCCUCCUUCUAGCUGUGUCUGUGGGGGAACUUAAGUCAACCUAAUGACGUUGUACAGCGCAUGACAUUUUUCACAACCCUAAGCGAAGUAGCUAGGUUGAUCUCAUUUUUAGGUGUAGGCCAGGCCUAAAGAGGCUACCCUUAAAGUGACAUAAGAGGGUCUGUGCAGAUUUUUGCACUCAUUUAAACCAACAGCUUUAAUCAAAUCAGUGCAACAGAAGUAUGAAACUUGGGACAGUACUUGGUUGGGCAAGGCUGCUGGAAGCCUGUGCAAUUUGAAUGAGGGACACUUUAAAGAAAAAAAAAAGGGAGAUUUAAAAUGUUUGUAAAUAGCCAAAUUCUUCUAGAAACAGAUCUUUGAAGUGAAUAGACAGGAGGGACUCUCCCAAAGCAGGGAGACUUGACAGGACUGGGAGUAUUUGAGUGUGUAAGAUAAAGUAUGCCCAAGAUAACAUUAAAUGGCAUCGCAGUGGACUUUCCUUUUCAACCAUACAGAUGUCAGGAGGAAUACAUGAUUAAAGUGCUUGAGUGCCUCCAGAAGAAGGUGAAUGGCAUUUUGGAGAGUCCCACGGGUACAGGGAAGACCCUGUGCCUCCUCUGUACCACUCUGGCUUGGCAGGAGCAUUUUAAAGAUACCAUCUCGGCACGGAAAAUCGCACAGCGAAUGAAUGGAGUGGAACUCUUUCCUGACAGACCCAUGUCGUCCUGGGGUGAUGCUGAAAUCCCAGCUUAUUACACUGAUGUUCCUAAAAUAAUUUAUGCCUCCAGAACCCAUUCUCAGCUUACUCAGGUCAUCAGUGAGUUAAAGAGUACUGUCUACAGGCCAAAGAUGUGUGUUUUGGGCUCCAGAGAGCAGCUUUGUAUUAACCCUGAAGUUAAGAGACAGGAAAGUAACCACAUGCAGAUCCACAUGUGCCGAAUGAAAGUGAUGGCUCGUACUUGCCAUUUCUAUAACAAUGUGGAGGAGAAGAGUACAGAGAAGGAACUGACCAACUCCAUCUUAGAUAUUGAAGACCUGGUUAAAAAUGGAAACAAGCACAGAGUUUGUCCUUAUUAUCUAUCUCGGAGCCUGAAGCAGCAAGCAGAUAUUAUUUUUAUGCCUUACAACUAUUUACUAGACUCAAAGAGCCGGAGAGCACACAACUUAGAUCUGAAAGGGACUGUGGUAAUACUCGAUGAAGCUCACAAUGUGGGGGCCUGUUCUUGCAUUGUUGUCUAUUUUGCUGCAAAAUGGCUGCUAGAAGUGGAGGAUGUUUGGCCUGAGGAGAAAUUGUGUGAAGAGUCGUCGUCUUUUGACUUGACUCCCUACGACUUGGCUUCAGCCAUGGAUGCUAUAAAUGUGGUACUGGAAGAACAAGCCAAAGUAGUUCAACAAAAUGAAAUCCAUGCUGAAUUCAAUAUGGAGUUUGCCAGCUCAGGGCUGAGCAUGGAGCUUGAAGAUAUAGCAAAGAUAAAGAGAAUUCUUCUUCAACUGGAAAAUGCUAUUGAUGCUGUGCAGCUGCCAGCUAAUGGAAAUGGAGUCACUAAAGAAGGGAGCUACAUCUUUGAUCUGUUUGCAGAGGCCCAGAUCACAUUCCAAACCAAAACCUCCCUCCUGGAGUCGCUGGAACAGAUUGAACAAUUUCUAUCAGGCCGUACUGGGAUAUUUACCAACACAGCUGGAUUACAUAAACUUUCAGACAUUAUUCAGAUUGUUUUUAGCAUUGAUCCUCCAGAAGGCACAUCCAGCUCCAUGCCAGUUCAAUCAAUAUCCAAGUAUUAUAAGGUGCACAUUCAUAUGGAUACCAGUAAUCAGAAAAAAAAGCAGAGGACAGACCUAUGGAGUUCAUCAGUAACAAAAAAAGAAGGAAAGGUCUUGAGCUACUGGUGUUUCAGCCCCGGGUACAGCAUGCAUGAGCUGGUCCGUCAAGGAGUCCGGACAAUCAUUCUCACUAGUGGGACCCUCUCCCCACUCUCCUCCUUCACCAUGGAAAUGCAGAUUCCUUUCCCAGUUUGCUUGGAAAAUCCACAUGUUAUUGAUAAACACCAGAUAUGGGUGGGGAUAAUUCCCAAGGGACCAGACGGAGGUCUGCUCAGCUCUACCUAUGAAAAAAGGUUUUCUGUGGAAUGUCUAUCUUCUCUGGGGAAAACAAUAGGUAAUCUUGUGCGAAUUAUACCACAUGGGCUGCUGGUGUUCUUCCCUUCGUAUCCGGUCAUGGAUAAAAGCCUGGAAUAUUGGAGAGAGCAUGACUUUGCUAAAAGAAUAGAAGAGGUGAAACCAAUGUUUGUGGAACCAAGGAAUAAAGGAACCUUCACAGAGAUCAUGGAUGCAUAUUAUGAUAAGAUUGUCUGUCCCAAGUCUAGCGGAGCUACUUUCUUGGCAGUGUGUCGGGGAAAGGCCAGCGAAGGCUUGGACUUUGCAGACAUGAACGGACGAGGUGUUGUUAUCACUGGGCUUCCAUUUCCCCCUCGCAUGGAGCCAAGAGUCGUUUUAAAGAUGCAAUUCCUGGAUGAAAUGAAAAGACAAGGUUCAGGGGCACAGUAUUUAUCCGGGCGUGAGUGGUACCGGCAGCAGGCUUCCCGGGCUGUGAACCAGGCCAUCGGCAGGGUUAUCAGACAUCGCCAGGACUAUGGUGCCAUUUUCCUUUGUGACCACAGGUUCGUGAACAAUGAUGUAAGAUCCCAGCUGCCCUCCUGGGUCCGCCCUUAUGUCAAGGUUUACAACAACUUCGGGCAUGCAGUCAGAGAGGUCUCCCAGUUCUUCCGUAUUGCUCAAAAAAUCAUGCCCCCACCCCCAACACGGAGCUCCUGCCCUAGCACCAUAUGUGAAGGGGACCCGACAUCAUCCACGUCAUCUGAGCAGCCCCUCUCCAGGACAAAAGCCAAGAAUUUAGAUGACCAUGUUCCUAGUUUGAAGAGGAAGCGAAUGGGGCUGCUGGGGGAUGGGGCAACCAGCCUGUGUGUGGAGUACGAUCAAGAGCUGAUCUCAUCAAGGAGGCAGCCCAUUGGGCUCCUGGAUGCAUUGGAGCACAAUGAGAAGAGCAGUGAAGGGGCAGAAGAAGACCGCUUGCCAGGAGAGGAAAAGGCAAAACGUUUAUCAACACUCUCCCUUCAGUACGAGAAGAGGUUAACAGAUGAGCAGAAAGGAGGAAGAAAGAAAAUAAAAAUAGUCAACAAUCUGCAAGCUGACAAAGUAGCAGACCCUGCUGAGCCAAAGAAGACCAGAGCCACAUUGUUCAUUGCAACAGUGAAGCAAGCCCUGAGCCAGCUACACUAUGAUCUCUUCUCAAAGGCUCUGCAGCAAUACAAGAGGACCGAUGACUUCAAUGCCAUGUUAUCGCAAAUGAGCUCUCUUUUCAUGGAGGACCAGAAAAAGCAUAUCCUGCUGCGAGAAUUUUACCAGUUCGUUCGACCUCAGCAUAAAAAGCAGUUUGACGAAGCAUGCUGUAGUCUGACUGGAGUGGGCUGUGGCUACAAACCUGAACACAGCCUCCUGCGAGAGGAAAGAGAGAUGUUGGCCAAGAAGGCAGGGGAAAAGCAGUGUCUGCAGAAAACAACAUUCUCGGAGGGUUCAUCCAGCCAGCUAAAUUCCCAGCUGCACCUGAACAAGGGAGGAGCCCACCUGAUCUCUGGGCUGAAUAGAACAGGAGAAAAUCACACCCAUAUCCCUAAGGAGGACCCUGAAGAGGCAUCAAGCUCUCGCGGAGAGGAUCACCAUGAGCUAGUCAGAGCUACAUAUCUCAAUGAUCUGAAAAAAGUUUUGGACAAAAACAGUUACAGCCGCUUCUGUGCAGCACUAUCGGCAUAUAAGAAGACGGAUGACUAUGACGCCAUGGUGCUGGUGGUAGCUGCCCUCACCACCGAGAAGCCAGAGUACUUUCACCUCCUGCAACGGUUCUACAUGUUUGUGCGUCCUCAUCACAAAGAACAAUUCAGGCAGAUGUGUAAAGACCUGACUGGAAUGAGCUGCAGUGAGGAAAAGAAGAAAUUGCAACCGGAAGUGCAGGAGGCCAAGAGCCCUCUGAAUUUGGAGAAUUCAUGUUCCAAAACAGAAAAUAGUGAAACUCAGGAUAAACCUGUCAGCCACACACCAGCUACUUUCAAGAGUGAAGUGCCAAGAAAAACCCAGAGCAAGAUUUUCUCCUUCUGUAGUAAUCAGAACAGCAAACCUGGAUCUCAAAAGACAGACACAUUGACAGGAUCCAACAGCAUAAGAGCGCCGACCAACCCAUGCAAUUUGCCUGUCUUGCCCCUCAAUAUGGAGCCAGAAUGUGGAAGAUUCCAGUGCUCUAAAUGCAAAUCUGAGGAUGAUGUGCCUUUUAAAUGCCAGUUAUGUACCUUCACUUGCUGCAAAACAUGCUGGGAACAGCUCUUAAAGAUUGCUAAAGAGUGCCCAGAAUGCCAAGCUGAUACCAAGAGGAAGCAUUUAGCCCAGGUUUUUUUCCUGCCAUAACCUCCCUGACAAGGGGCAAGUGCAUCACGUCAGCACUGGUUAAAGAGCCAGCAGAAAAGGAGAUUGGAAAAAGAAACAGGGUGCACAUUCAUUUACAGACCUUUGAUCUCAGCUUCUCGCAGUAUCAUUCCUCUCCUUGGCAAACCUCAUCAAUCCCCAAAGACCUCUCUUCCCACUUCUCUCUCAACAAGAGGGGAAAGAAGCAAAUGUUGUCCUUAGAAUUGUAUUGAAAUGGGGGAUCUUCAUUUCUUCUCUGUUUGAAUCAGCAGAUUCUUGUGACAUUCUGGUCCUUUUAGGUUGAACUUUGACAGCCUGGAGGAAGUUUUCAGUAAUUGCCUCCGCUCAAAUAUUUACUCAAUCCUGGAAAAUUUCUCAGCAGCAGUAGUGCCACUGAAUCCCCUUUUCCAGGAAUACUACUUUCCAUUGGUGACUGACAGGAGCUGUUGCUGCUAGGUGAUUUCAGAGGUGGUGAAAGCCUUUUUUUAAAAAUCCAAUAGUUUUUACUGCACUUCACCGGCAGUACAGACCCAACACAUCUUGUGCUUGUACCCACUCAUUUAUGCCUGCCCUGCCAAUUUGAAGCCUGUUUCCUAUAUUGCAAUAAGUGCCGAAUGUUGCACUGAGUGUGCUUCCAAAGAGGAUUGGGCUUCUUCUGAGGCACUUGCACACUCCUGUUGUGUCUGUACGGUUUCAUACUUGUGUUUUCAGAAGUGUAGCAGGGAGAGUGAAAAGACUAUUCAUGUUCUUUCAAAGUGAACAUACAAACUGAUUUUAAACUCCAUCAAGUUGGAAAAGAGAAACACUUCGAUAUUUUCACUUUCUGACUAGGGGUAUUAAUGUUUUGCUAAUUUAAGGAAUUGUAUCAAUUUUAAAUCUUCAGUGGAAAUUCUAAAAUAAACUAAGUAAAAAUGAACCAGUUUGCACACCCUGA